AUGAUGAUCAGAACAAAGCUUAGGCAAAGAAAUGCAAAAAAUAUCAUCCCAAUUAUCCAACCAAAGAGAAUUGCACAAAGUUCUAUCCAGCCUCAUUUCAACCCUGGAGUGAAGACCCCUCACCCAAGUAAACAAAGCUCCCUUGGUGUCCAUGUGGGAAAAAUCACAAUAGUCACUCAUAGCCUGAAACUCAUCACAAGAAAUCCUUUUAGGAAGAAGACCUCCUUUUUUUCAUGGGCCCCAAGAAUAGCAUUAAAGUCCCCGAUAGUCAUCCAAGAACCAGUAAUAGAGGUUUUCAAAGAGUAG